GUCGCACACGGACGACUCACCCCGACGUAGCCGGCGUCGCGACGGCUCCCGCAAUCGCCGGCGAAAACGUGCUCGCGGAAAAUACGGUCGCGCGGUCGCUGCACGUCGCUCUGUUCGCCGCUUUGGAAAACUCGAUUCGCCGGCUACGAAUGUAAUUCGCUCCGUCGCGUUGCCGCCGGCUCACCGCGUCGGAAUUUCGGGCUUUUUAAUCGGGAACCGACGAGAGGCGAACUGUCGCGGCCUCUGGCUCUCCCUCGUACUUUUUUUCCUUUUUUUUUCUACUUUUGUGAAUCGAGCAUCGCUCUGUAACGCGAGGCGUCGUUGUAUCUGCGACGUGCGUAGGUGAAAAAUAGUCCGUCUGGCGAACCGGUCGCUUUAUCUACGCCCUUCUUUUUUUUAGGGGGAACUUCGAUCGUUAGCACGUGGUCUGUGAUAAUCCUCGUGAAAGUGGGGUUGCUUUAACGAAGUCACCGACCGCUGUGUCCACCUGUGGAUAACCAUACGAAUUCGUUCGGUGACUUCGGAGUACAGUGUGUAUUUAACGAUUUGUGCUAUUACGUGCUAACUGUAUGACAGUGUAUAACCUUCUUCCGCUGCGAAAUCCCGUCACACAGGGGACCAUUAUCUGGCAGACGAAACGACGUUAAUUAUUUCUGCCAAAGGACAUACGAUAAAUGCGUCGCAAAUUGCGCUUUCAACACAGGCACCUUUGAGACAUAAUAAUCAUAUUAAAUAUAAUUAACUCUCAUUUUCUUAAAAAUACAUAAAUGAUCAAUUAAGUUGAUAUCAUUAAAAGGAGAAUAAAAUUAUUAGCAAAAAUCAUAUUUUCUAUAAAAACAUUAAACAAGAACGAUUAGCAGCUUAUGUGAAUUAUUCCUGUUGCGGCGAACUCGCAGAGAAAUCAUAAGAGACUCGUUGGGAAAAAAAGAGUUAAGUUACAGUGGAUUGUCUGCUUGAGUGGAUACAUAAGCCGAAAUAUAAUACCUGAGAUAUCGAGUUCAUUCUAUAGUAGCGGAAAAUCUGCUACAGAGUUUGGUGUGGAUCAAAUUUCACUGAAACCAUUGAGAUUUUACAAUAGAGGAAUGCAAGAAAUAUAUGGAUUCUCGGAAAAAUAAAACGAAGAGAGAUAUUGCAUUAAUACACCUGCUUGCCCUCAUUCUUUAUACUUGGAAACGGAAUAGCAUUCAAGUGAAGAAAUUAUCACGAUACUGCUUACACCGCCCAUGUUAUCCUUUCAAGUUCUCCACGUUUCUCGAUGGUACGUCCUCGAAAUGACAUAUUAGGGGAUAACUGGAUGAGGAUCGAAAAUAUCAGCGGCGAGCAUCUGUCGAAGUGAAUUCGAGUGCUUCGAUGUCGUCGAUCUCUGGAGAGCAUUAAGCAUCUUACUCCUACCUUCAUCCGUUCACGGCGUCAUCGAAUUCCAAUUAUGUCGCAGCAUCGAAGAGGUUCCAUACAUGGCAGCAGUCCCGUUCCGGGUCAUCCAAGCACGACCGUUUCCGCGUCCUCCAUCUCCUCCUCUGCCGCUCACGAGGUACAAACGAGAGGGAUACCUUUGCCCGGAAUGGUACCAUCGCGCUCGAUCCACGCUAGUCCCAUGCAUGGGAAUCCGAUCCACGGGUUCGUCAACCCUCUUGGACCAGGCGGUCUCGUUCACCCUCCGCCUCCUACGCAUGUAGCGGCUGCAUCCGGAAUUUCUCAUCAUCCGAACGUUCAUCAAGGCACCGAGAAGAUACUGCCACCGGGCUCUCCGUAUUCAUCGCACAGUUCUCCGCUGAGGACACCGAUGAGUUCUGGUCACGGUAGCCCCCAGGACUCACCACACGUGGCCAGACAUCGUAGGGACUCGGAACAUUCAUCUGGCGCUAUAUCAAGACGUGGUUCGUCGGAUGUGGUUUCUCCCUUGCCAGAAGGUCAUCCUUUAGGCUCACCAGACGGUCGCGGCCGUCGACGCUCUGACUACAGCCCUCAUCAGGUUACCAAGUUGAGGGAGCAUUGGGAUGAGACGAAUUCGAAAGUCAUGCAAAGGAAGACGCAGUUGGACAUGAUGUUGGGAGACAGUCAACGAUAUGAGGCAAAGAGAAACGAGGUGGAGGUCUGGCUAGCACGAAUGGAAACUAGACUUGAGAGAAUGCGAGCUGUGGGACACACCGCUGACGUACUCGAGGCGCAGCUCAGGGAACAAAAGUCGUUUCACGCCGAGCUGCAUCAGUACAAACAUCACAUCGAACUUUUUAAUCAGCUCACUCAGAAGCUGAUAGCGGUUUAUCAGCAAGACGAUACGACACGAGUGAAGAAAAUGACAGAAACGAUCAACCAGAGAUACAACAAUCUCAAUACGAGCAUCAUCAAUCGCGGAAAACUACUGCACUCCGCGAUGAACUCGCUCCACAACUUCGACCGGUCUCUAGACAAGUUCUUGGCCUGGUUGAGUGAAGCGGAGUCUUCGAUGGAGGGAUUGGAAGCGGAAGCCGAUCGACUGGGUGGACGACGAGACCAGGGUGCGCUCAGACGACCGCAACACCAGCUUAAGGUCGCGAUUGGCGAAAUGGCGGUGCAUUGUCGUGGUCCCGAAGGUCAUGGAAAUACGGAAGAAUGA